AUGAUCGCUGACCAAAUGCUCUACAGAGCCGAGUAUCUUCAUUCGAAGAAUUACAUUCACAGAGACAUCAAACCCGACAAUGGUGCAGCCAUCAUGCUCAGAACCUUGGCAGCAGGAAUCUAUUCAAAACUCUGGAAGGCCAAUGCGAAGGAGUGGCCCUGGAACAAGGACAAGAGGGACUUCGACCAAAGUACCUCACUCGAGCAGCCCACGACCUCCUUCCAGCUCAACAACAACAAGCUUGAGAUGGAGGUCGUUUGGAUGCUGAGGACCAGAGUGCAGCUACAGCAUCGGCUACGAAUACACACGCAUCAAGCCCGACAAUUUCCUCAUCGGUGA